GAGUUUUCGCAGCUCAAAGAUUUCGCACUGUACGGGCACGACAGCCGAGCCGACAGCGGCGUCAGUGAUCAGCUGUCCUCUCCUUCCCGGGGUGCUGCCUGUGUUUUGAGGGGUUUCCUUCACUUUCCACCACCCGAGGCCCCGACAGAGGCACCAGGCAGUGAAGGAGAGGCAUGGCAGUGUUCAGCAAGAUAUCGGAAAUAUCCCAGUCUCGGGAUGCAAGGCUGUUUGGUGCCACCUCCACGGCAGCCUUUCUGUACUGGAUCUACUGUGUCAACAAAGCUUCCAGCCAGAAGAAAAAACUGUCUGCAGAGGAUUUGAAGUUUGUUGUGAAUGAGAAAGGAGCAUCGGGUGACAGGAAGAAAGCUCAGGUAAAUGGAGAAUUCUUCAAGUCCCUGAGGGGUAUUCUGAACAUCCUGGUACCUGGUGUGUGGACCCGUGAGGCUGGCUUCCUCACCUUGGUGGCAGGAACCCUCAUCACUCGCAGCAUGUGUGACAUAUGGAUGAUCCAUAAUGGCACACUCAUUGAAGGUUCCAUCAUAUCCAAGGACAUGAAUGGUUUCCUGAAGCAUCUUGUUGAGCUAAUGCUUGCAAUGCCAGCUAUUUCCCUGGUGAACAAUGUGCUGAAGUAUGGCCUGAAUGAGUUGAAGCUGAGGUUCAGGACACGAUUGUCAACACAUCUCUAUGAAAGAUAUCUCAGGUGA